ACUACCUGAACUGGAAUGCCAAAUGAAGCCUCAUGAAUAUUCAUUCACCAGUAACAGAAGCACAUUUUGCAGAUGUACUGUACCAGGUCAACCAUGCAGUUCUUCACCAAAUUGGUCAGUCUUGUCUUAAUUUUACUUCUAAGUUUGUGUCCAUCGACAGUUUUUACGCAGAAUGAUGAUCUUGAAGGACAUUCUUUACAGCCACCAUAUUCCUCGUACGAUGGGAGAACACCGUAUUGCACGCCAUCGUCCCCUUUCAGCUUUCCCAGCACGACGACACAAAUUCAGAAGAUCGUCAUAAACGCGGGCUUUUUUCGACAAACUGUUAAACCCAUCGGGUCGCGACAUUCAGCGACGGGCAUCAUCUGCACGGAUGGGACGCCCCUCGUUAUGAGAAAUUUUCAAGACAAGAAGCUAAGUUCCGAUGGAACGGCGACGUUCGGAAGUGGGGUCAAACUUCGAGACGCAUCUGCAUUCUUGAAGCGACACGGCAGAGCUUUCAUACAUUUGCCGGGUUAUGACGGCCUCACACUUGGCGGUGCUGUUGGAACCGGAGCACAUGGAUCGUCUCUCGUUCACCCGGCCUCCCUUUCCGAACAGGUCGUCCGAAUGAGUAUCGUCGAUGGGUUGGGGAUCGUCCGCACAAUUUCUGGCGAAGAGUUGAACGUGUUCAGAAUUCAUCUUGGGAUGCUCGGCGUUCUUGUGGAGAUAACUUUUCAAACGGUGGAAUUGUUCAAAAUCGUUGUCGAGACAGGACCGGAAGACGAUAACAUCCUAAUGGAUAACGACUUCGUCGAGAUGGCGCGAAAAUUCGACUUUUUCCAGGCAGCGUGGUUUCCCGCCACGAAAAAGGUGGUUAUAAAUAAAGGAAAAUUUACGAACGACGUUUCCCUCCCGGGAGAGGCGCGCUGGGUCCUGUUCACCGAAACUGAUGAGGAUUCAGCCCUUGCGGAACGAAACUUAAACGAUGCUCUUCACAAGUCGAGAAACAUCGCGGGAUUUAAUGCCAUCCAGGAAAAUACGAUGUUAUCCUACUACACCAAAGUCAUAGGUCGUGUCCCCAUUUUCUCCGAGGACAACGUCUCCCUCCCCCAUCCCGCCGUUGGCUAUGGUCACGACAUCAUGGCGGCGACAUGCGACAUCUGUGACUGGUAUUACGGGGAUUAUUCCGCUCGAGGUUUGGACGAUUCGUUGGGAUGUCCAGCAGACAAACUACCCGCCAUUGCGGCCAGAAUUCGAAAGCUGUUGACCCAAAUUCCUGCGGCAAUUACGAGAAUUCAAAUAAGAUUUCAUCCCGCAUCCACAACCCUGAUGUCACGUGCUUAUGGAAGGGACACCGUAAUGCUGAGUCUUCUCGGCUCGGCCACGAUCGAUGGAAAUGAUCCCAUUGCGGGAAGUGGAGUUUAUCAGAGUGCAAUGCAAAUUUUUAUUGCAGAAUAUGACUGUCGCCCCCACUGGGGUAAGAAUGGGGGUUACUACCACACCCACGAAAUCAUCAAGAAAUCUGUCCCUCCCGCAAAUUGGGUCCGAUUUGUCACUGCUGUCCAUUCAUAUGAUCCCUUUGCCGUAUUUCGGAACAAAUUUUCUCUCCGAUUUCUCGGUUUCUCCCAUGAAAUGGAUACCGACCCAAGAAUUAGUCGAUGUGCGGUUGCCGAUUACUGCGCAUGUCUGACAGACCAGGACUGCGGAGCUGACCAAGUGUGCGCCGCCCAAACGAGCGAUGGAAGCAUGGGGCAAUACAAGAUAUGUUGUGAUGUUAAAAUUUAUGAGAACAAACCUCUCUUAAAAUAUGAUCCAUACAACUACACUUCUAUCCUGGAAGCUAUUUUUUACUAAAUUUUGACCCCAGAAAUUUACUUUAUUAAGCACCAAUUAGCAUAAAUUUUGGUCUAGUACAUAUAUUUCUGGCCAGAUGAAUAUUAUAUUUCAUGAUUAGUAUUUUUUGUUUACAUACAUAUAUUUUUAUAAAUUAUAAGAUUCAAAAAUUUUGUAAAUUCCAAAAUACGUAAGCUAAUAAAUCAAGUUAACGUUUUUUUAACCCGA